AUGAUGACAAAUAUCAAUUCUAUAUUUUCAUUGUGGUUCUUAUUUAUUUUGGUAUCUGGAAUAACUGUGCGACAUGUACACGGAUGGGGGCGAGUCGGGCAUGGUCUAGUUGCCCGUCUUGCCUACGGUCGACUAAGCAAGCAAGCAUCGAAUUGGGUAACAUUUCUUGUUCCGGGUUUUCUAGCAGACAAUUUCACUGCUGUUGGCUCUUGGGCCGACGACAUUCUCUAUCCAGAUACGAAUCCUCUUGGUCAUAGUAAUUGGCAAUGGUCCAGACCAUUGCAUUAUGUCAACACACCGGACUGGACUUGCAAUUAUGAUUCACAAAGAGAUUGUAAAAAUGAUGUCUGUGUUGAAGGCGCACUGAGAAACUAUUCAGGACGUGCCGUUGAUACUCAAUUGAAUGAUAUUCAACAUAAAGAAGCUCUUCUAUUUCUCAUUCAUUAUGUUGGUAAUAUUCAUCAACCUUUGCAUGCCGGUUUUGCUGGAGAUUUGGGAGGAAAUAAGAUAAAAGGUAAAUGA